UUUAGGGCUCUUGAGGCGCGCAGGCGCGCAUUUAUCCUAAAUCAGCCGCUCGUGCUUGUGUCCCUUCGCGCUGUCAGUCCCGGCUCCGCCCUUGGGGUGGGGUCUGCGAAGGAGCGCGCGACUGUAGCAAGAGAACCUGAGUGGAGAGCGGCUCGUAGCGAGUGCGCGCGCGUGAGGGACGGUUCGAAGAGCCUGGUUCCGCAGUCGCUCUGCACAGCCCAGGCCGCCAGUGUGGCUGACCUUCCAUAAGGAUGGCCAAGCAACCGCCUGCCCAAUUUACCAAUCCAGAAACUCCUGGCUAUGUUGGAUUUGCAAACCUUCCCAACCAGGUUCAUCGGAAGUCUGUGAAAAAGGGCUUUGAGUUCACUCUCAUGGUGGUUGGUGAAUCUGGAUUGGGAAAAUCUACACUAAUAAACAGCCUGUUCUUGACCGAUCUCUACCCAGAAAGGAUAAUCCCAGGAGCAGCCGAAAAAAUUGAAAGGACUGUGCAGAUCGAAGCUUCAACAGUUGAAAUCGAGGAAAGGGGUGUUAAACUCCGUUUGACAGUUGUAGAUACACCAGGAUAUGGUGAUGCCAUCAAUUGUCGGGACUGUUUUAAGACCAUCAUUUCUUAUAUUGAUGAGCAGUUUGAGCGGUAUCUGCAUGAUGAGAGUGGCUUGAACAGGCGGCAUAUUGUAGAUAACCGGGUACACUGUUGCUUCUACUUCAUUUCCCCAUUUGGUCAUGGUCUUAAGCCCUUGGAUGUUGAGUUUAUGAAGGCCAUACACAACAAAGUGAAUAUUGUACCUGUAAUUGCAAAAGCUGAUACACUUACUCUGAAGGAACGGGAAAGGCUGAAAAAAAGGAUUCUGGAUGAAAUUGAGCAACAUAGCAUCAAGAUUUAUCACCUGCCUGAUGCAGAAUCAGAUGAGGAUGAAGAUUUUAAAGAACAGACCAGGCUCCUGAAGGUCAGUAUCCCAUUUUGUGUAGUGGGAUCCAAUCAGUUGAUUGAAGCCAAAGGUAAAAAAGUUAGAGGUCGUUUCUACCCAUGGGGUGUAGUUGAAGUGGAGAACCCAGAACACAACGACUUCCUGAAGCUGAGAACCAUGCUAAUUACCCAUAUGCAGGAUCUUCAGGAGGUGACCCAGGACCUUCACUAUGAGAACUUCCGCUCUGAGAGACUUAAAAGAGGCGGCAGGUUGAAAAUUGAAGAUGAGGAAGUGAAUAAAGAUCAGAUUUUGCAGGAAAAAGAAGCUGAACUUCGUCGCAUGCAAGAGAUGAUUGCGAGAAUGCAGGCUCAGAUGCAAAUGCAGAUGCAAGGUGGUGAGGGAGACAGCAGUGCAGUUCAUGGACACCAUGUAUAAAUUCUUUGAUAACGUCAUAUGCAGAUUAAGAGGAAACAUUCCAGCGUUGGGAUGCAAUAGUGUCUCUUACUGGGAAGGAUGUCUUUUACCUCGCCUGUGACUUGGAUGUCACAUUAGUAUGUUGUGUGCAAAUGCAUGGUAAUUUUUGUAAUAUGUACUUUGUAACAGAUUGUAUUCAGUCAAUAUUUUAUACCUUAUAUAGAGAAUGUGAUCAGUUUUAGUUUAGUAAUUUAGUAUUAUUUUAUUGAGCUCAUUUUCUGUAACCCAGUAUAUUAGGAAUGCAAAAUGGAUGAUACUGAGCCUUUCCUAACCUGACUUAGCAGUAGUCAGUCUAUUUGCGUAGCUCACUAGCACCAUUAGUCAUACUACUUGUUACACCUAGGAAUACGUGAGUGUUGCUAUAGGUUGUCCAGUGGUGUGAUGUUUGACUAAUUUGGGAGUCCAAUGCCAAGUUAAGUUAUUCUGUUUCCUAUUUCUUGCAUUAACUGUGUGCCUGUGAGACUCUUGGCCAUUCCUCAGUUCUUGUCCAGUGCUGAAUAGCCAUUGCCUUGGCAUCACAAGUGUCUAAUUACAAAAGAGGUAUGCUUUGUCUUAACUAGGAAAGAGGAGAUAAGAGAAUUCCUUGUUAAAGGGGGCACUUGCUGAAUGACUAAUCUUGUCUACUUGCCCCUCCAAAGCCAACAGUCAGAUUUCAUAACAUGAUGUACUACUGCAAAAUUAGUUACCAGUGCUGUUUACAACCCACCAGUGCCAAAGAGAUAAUACAAAUGGCACCAUCACAAAAUGCUGAGAUCUUUCUGGUCUCCUGCACAGCAGUGGCUUUGUUCAUCCUCUUCUACAUUUAUAUCAGAGAUGAGGAAUACCAUAACUUAAUCCUGCAGUUAAAUUCCACAAAUUGUAGCUUUAAUGGUUGCUAAAUUACUAAUUUAAAGGAGUCCUGCUACUGAGCAGAUCAGAUUUUGACCUACCUUAAAAUUACUGCAGUUUAUAAAUUGCUUUAUAUUCUGAGUAUCUUUUUAAUAUCCAAAGUCAAACCCACCACAAUAGCCUCUGUGUUGAACUCCUGUGCUGCCUCUAAAGCAGCUAUCAUUUCAUAGAGCUGCUCGUCUUCCUACUCAUCUCUUCUGAUCUUUGUCCGCAAUGAAGGGAGCAAAAGCAGCAGCCUUAGUUACGUCUGCUUUGUCAGAAACACAGGUUUAGUGAGUCCUUUCUUGCUAAAUGGAUGAAUACAAAAUUAGUAGGGAAAGAAAUGUAAAUGUAUACAUUUUGCCUUUUCCAUAGAUAAGAGAGAGUAAUAAGGCAUUUCAGUAUUGCCAGAGAAAAAUGUCAAGCCAUGUUACUUAAAUCUUUCAAUAUAUUGAGCAGACUGGUUUACUGAAGAAGUGACCAGAAAUAAUAUUAUAAGCUUCAGUGAAGGCAUUAGAACGAAUACUUUAAAAUACCUUACUAUCCUUUUUUUUUUUUUUUUUUUUCCCCAGCCCCAGUGUUGUUUUUUUUUUUGUUCGUGUAGUGCAGCUAAGCACCUCUGUGCACUUUUAGGGUUCUCAAAUGGUCUCAGUUACAAUAGUGUUCUUGGACAUUGGACAUAGGACAUAGCACAUUUUGAAGUGCUGCUAGGAAAAACUGUUGCAUAACAUUUCAGUGAAUUUCAUCUGAGGUCAGUACUGUGAUCUAAACUGCAAUAGUAUUUAUAACCAGUAUUAGGAAAAAACUGUGAAAGCUGAUAUAUAUAUUGCAAGUGACAAGUACAUACUUAACCCUGGUAUACCUUUGUUGGGGGACUGCUCCCUUCUUGUAGUCCUUACUUAAGCCAACUUCUGUUUGGAAUAAAAAGAUACUAUGCAGUUAGUGCAGAUAGCAUAGGUUGAGCUCUACCUGUGGAAUUGUCAUGAGUAAAGCUACAAUUUAGUCAUGGAGGUUAUGGUAGUCACGGAUUCCGUGACUUAACUGGACCUCUGUUACUUCAUCCGCUUCAGCUGUCAACAGCUGAAGCCAGGGCUAGAGGCAGGACUGUGCCCCUGCCCUGCAACUGGGGCUGGAUGGCUGGAACCAGUACCCUGCAGCCCCUGCCUUGCGGCUUGGAGGCGGGGCUGGAGCCAGGCUGUGAGCCUCUGUCCUGGAUCUGUGGCAAGCACUGGAGCAGGAGCUGUGCACUCCCCAUGGCUGCGCCCUCUGCUGCAUCCCAGCCCUGCGGCUGCAGUGGGGACCAUGCUGCAGAUGGAGCUGUGCGCCCCCCUCGCAGUGUCCCAGGGCCGUGCACCAUCCCCCUCCCCCCACUGCGGCUGUGGGUUGGCAGGGGCUGCAGUUGUGCACCCCUGUCCCGUAGCUGUGGCCAGCUCCGGAGUGGGGGCUGCGUGCCUCCCAUGACUGCACCCCCCCCCCCCGUUGCACCCCAGCCUCAUGGCUUCUGCUGGGGCUGCAGUGGGGACCAUACUGCAGCUGGGGCUAUGCAGCCACUGGAACUGGGGCUGUUGCCCCUGCAAUGGCAGGGGGCUUGGCCUGUCGGUCUCCCCCUCCCUCGACUCCAUUCCUCCCCCCAACUUAACCCUGACCCCAGUUAUUUUUAGUGAAGUCACAGGCAGGUCAUGGCACCGUGAAUUUUUGUUUAUUGCCCGUGACUUGUCUGUGAUUUUUUGCUAAAAAUAACCAUAACAAAAUCUUAGCCUUACUUAUGAGAGAUCUUGGCUUUUGGGGGUAAUAUGUAUUCAUUGAAUAGCUAGCUUUUUUUCAAUAGAGCAUUAUGGUUUAGUUAUUGAGUAAGUUGUUUUUAAAUUGAUUCUAGUGAGGAAAUGCUCUCUU